CCUGCGGAUUGUCGGCGGGCUGGUUCGGGAACGUCGCAGCGAUGUGCGAGCUGGUGAGUGCGCAGGAGCGGCAGAGCUUGCGAACGCAGCAGAGUUAGUAGCUGGCUUGUGACCGACGAGCCGAUGCGUGCACAGGAAAAAAAAAAAGAUGAUGAAUCGCCUCGCACGGUGUCGAUUUGCACUGUUUGUUAUUGUCCUAGCUCAUUCCACAGCAGCUGCUCCGUGACUGUCAAAAAAAAAAAAAAAAAAAAUUAAAAAAAAUAACAACCACCCCAAAAUCCAGCGUGAGUCGCGUGAUGAAUUCAGACUUGCUCUUGCAUGUAAUUGUUUGGACUGACAGCGAGAACUGUGAGCCGGGAUUGAUUUGAUCUGCAGGCAAAUGCCACAUCGCUGAAUCACGACGUAAACAUGACAUUUAGUUGGGCUUGCGUGCGAUUGAAGUUUGCGGCAGGGCAUCGUGUGGCUCGUGCAACGUGCCUUCUUUUUUUUCGCGCAGUGCAUGAUGAGGGGGAGAGAGAGGUGGAGUUCUCUGCAAUCUCCACCUCUCUCUUCCCGUCAUGCGCUUUGCACAAACGGGCACCUUGUCCCGCAGCAGCUUAAAUGAAACCCUUGCAAAAGGACUCCCGCAAUGAUCGCAAGUCAUUCUUCUAUUAAAAAGCGGUAACGACGGUUUAUACCUUGUAUUAGUCCAGAGAAGGAUAUUAAGCUGAUGAAUUGGGGAAAGCUCAUCAAAUGUGCUCAUCUGUUCCAGGUUUAAUGGCAAUUUACAUUUUAUCUUUAAUUUAAAGACUCCAACAUGUCUAUAGUCCAGUUAUGAGGACAAGCAGUAUAGAAACACUAUGGAUGGUGACUUACUAGAAUCGUGCUUGGUAGAGCAGAGACCUGUGGCACGGCUGAGCUGUGAACACGUGGAGAGACAUUUGCGGAGGACCAUAUUCAUGUUUUGUUUUUCGCAUGUCACUUCCUGGUUCUGCCUGUGCAUAUGAAUGGGGGCUUUGGUGCAUGGAUUCUGUGGUGGACCAUUCAUGCUACUGUAUAGUGCCUCAAGAGUCUUGGACCGACACCAAAAUCUGGAUCUACACCAAAACGGAAAUGGUUCUCCCAUGGCUCAUGCCCCAGCUUGAUACCGAAUUUGAUGAACUUCCUGUUGGUGAGCGUCUUCUUCCUUUGUGUGUUUUCUCAGUGAGGCCUCGCGGUGAUGGCAGUCCCGACUGAGCUUCAGCAUGACUAGCGUGCGGACGUGAUCCUUCCCCCUGUGCCGUCCCCGCAUCCCCUCCUCUUCCUCUCCUUUGCUCCGCGCCCAUCCCACAACUGCACCCAUCCUGUUUCCGUGUGUGGAAUCGGCAUCCCUUAUGAUGGCAUGCUGCGGGCGCUCUUUGGACUCCCCGUGUACACUGGGCUUGCUGGUGGGCUUCCAGUUCGCCUUUGUGCUCUACUUCUCCCUCGGGGGCUUCAGAGGCUUGGUGUCCGUCCUGGUUCACACCACGGAGCGAGAGUUCGACUACUCGCGACCCCACGACGUCUACACCAACCUCAGUCAUCUGAGAGCGCCGCCUCCCCCACCUCGGAACUCUGGCACCGGACCUCCUGUGGUGGGACCGCCACUGGCCGACUGCCAGAUUGUGUCCCCGCUGCUGGUCGGGCCCGUGUCUGUGCACCUUUCGUCACCUCUGACUUUAGAGGAGAUCAGAACGAGGAACCCGUUGGUGUUGCCAGGCGGACUCUACCGUCCACCGGACUGUGAACCUCGGCACCGCACUGCCAUCGUGGUACCGUACCGGAACCGGCAGACGCAUCUUCGUGCUCUCCUCUACCACCUCCAUCCUUUCCUGCAGAGGCAACAGAUCCACUACAGCAUCUAUAUAGUGCAGCAGUGGGGGAACGGAACCUUCAACCGAGCCAAGCUGCUGAACGUUGGCGUGCGGGAAGCUCUCCGAGAUGAAGACUGGAGCUGCAUCUUCCUGCAUGAUGUUGACCUGCUGCCUGAGAACGACCACAAUACCUAUACCUGCCACAAACAGUUUCCUACACACCUGUCUGUGGCCAUGGACAAGUUUCGAUACAGGCUACCAUACCCGCAAUACUUUGGUGGGGUUUCUGCAGUGACUCCAGAGCAGUAUAUGAAGAUGAACGGCUUCCCUAACCAGUAUUGGGGCUGGGGGGGGGAAGAUGACGACAUCGCCGCAAGGGUGCGUCUGUCUGGCAUGAAGAUUGUGCGCCCCCCAGCGGCCGUUGGUCAUUACAAAAUGAUUAAGCACAGAGGAGACCGAGGGAAUGAGCAAAACCCACACAGGUUUGACCUCCUGAAAAGGACCAGACUCAACUGGCGCUCUGACGGCCUCAACUCUCUGACUUACGAGCUCCUCUCCAAAGAACGGGAAGCCCUCUACACUAACCUCACAGUCGACAUCGGAGAAGAGCCCCAUCGCCCUCAGGGGAAAACUGCAACCCCUGUUCAUCAACGUAGCGCCUCCAAGACCGCAGCCACGGAUAAUCGGGAGACCAAGAGGCCAGAAAGCAAAGGAUCUGCGGUGGUAAAUGUCACUGCGACGAGACCCGACGGCCUGAAGACAGAGCCUCCUCGGACAAAGGCAGCUAAUGAAACGAGACAGGAGAAAACAAGUGUGCAUGCUUCUCACCUGUAGCACUCAAUGGCUUUUUUUUUUUUUUUUUUUUUUUUUUUUUUAAAGAUGCAGGAAUGCCUACAGGACUCGGUGGUAGACCAGAUUUCCUCGCUCGCGACGGGUUUUGGAUGCCGCUUGGUUUUCCCUUCGGGCUUUCUACAUAGACUGGGUCGAACAAGUAACAUCUAGCGCCAGUAAAUAACCCAGCUGCAAACCUGCAACUCCAUCCGGCGUGCUGCCAAUAAACUUGUGCCUUCUCUUAUAAAGCGCUUUUAUAAACUAGUACCGACCUGAGAUUCGUGACUUCUCCUGCCUUGCGGCAAACAUUUCGAAAGCAGGGAGGCGCGAUUUGAAAGAUUCCAUGUGUGUCCCAGGAUUGCUGUUUUAUAUCAGUGCAUCGGUGUCUCUAGAGAUUAUAUUUAUAUAGAGAAACCUCUUUAUUUGUUUACUGGUUUGUAUUUUUUGUUUGGUGCCUCACUCUCUUUGAGUUUUAGUUUCUAGACAAUCAAAUCACAUAGGGCAACAGAACUCUUAUUCUAUGACUCAGCAUAUAAUAGCUAUGUAUCAUGGCUGUCAGAUUAUCAUACACUGGGCAUGAUUCGUUAUGAUUAUUCUCCUGUUACAUGGAGUAAUGUUUCUUGAUAUUGUGCUGUUAUUCACUUACCAGGUAUAGGGAAAGCAACCUUGCAGUAAAUAUUUAAGGCACAUCUCAACCUCGUGUCUAUAGUGACUAUUGUGACAGUUAAACACUGUGUACAGACUCAGAUUGAAAGCAUUUUAUGGAGGGCAUAGCUAUAUAUUAUGAAUCAUUAUCAGAAGCAUCGAAUUGCGUAAGUGGGUAAAUUUGUGAAUCUCGUUGUUUUCAUUCAUAUCAUUAUAACAUGCAUGGAAACAAUUUAGAAGGAAGACAUUGGACUCAGAUGACAGACAUGUUAUUUAUGUUUUUCAACUCAGCCAUUUUGAAUGUUUUUGAUCCGUUUUACAAGAGGAGAUGCGUGUGUUCGCGGGGGAGAGGGCGAAUCCAACGCGCUGGUUUGCAUCUAUUGCUGCUCUAUACAAUGGGGAAUCGGAAGACAUCAUUUGCAAUAUGAUGCUUUUGUCUAUGAUCUGCAAUGAGCAUUCCAUGUAGUGCAGAUAACAAAUUUGAAUGUAUUUAAUUAUUGUUGUUUUUCCAGUCGCUUGUGAGCUACGUGACUCGUUUCAUCUGUAGAUGACGUCUGUCUCUCCUUGUGCCUAUAAUAUACUCUAUGUCCAUCUCUCUCGUUGUACUGAACUCACAUUAUCGAAGGCGCGCUGAUGGCUUUAUAACAUGAGCUCAUCAAGUGGCACAAAGCCGAGUGGAGCCUCGGAAUGAAUGAAACUGCAGCGUGUGUGACAUGAAUGUUAAGUAUUAAUGUUCACCAUUCACAGGAUUCAGCCAAUCACGUGUGUGCAUUGCUCUGCGUAGAGGUUUUCUCAUUCGCAUCACAUGAGAAGAUCCCGCCAGCUUAUAGCUGCACAAGUUCAUUCUCCAUUCUGGCUCACCCAAAACAACAUGCUGGACAUCAGUUACUCAAUGGAUGCAGUUUAAGAAAGAAUGAACAAAAUCUAUUGAGAAAGAGUAUCUAUUAAAAAAAAAAAAAAAAGAACUUUCAGACUUUUACCUUUGGUUCGUAUUGACUGAGUGGAUAAAACAAGAAUUUGUCCGCCUUUAGCAACAGUUUCAUUUAGUUUAGUCAUACAUAUUUGUUUGAUAAGAUAGAAUGCAUUUAUUAUAAGGAUGUUAUGUAAUUUCAGCGAUGUUAUCAGCAAAUGUUGAGUUUAUGUUGGGAUUGUUCUAUAGUCUAUAAAAGUGUGAGCUUUAUUUCAUGUAGAAGAAUUAACUUGCAAUGCUGGCCGGCUUUUUCUUGACUCGUAUUCGUCUACAUGUGCAAAAUAUCAGAAAGAGCAUAUUUUCAGUUGCAGACUAUGUACAUACACCCACAAUAAUUCAUAAUUUGUUCAAUUAACAAUGUACCUCUGACAGUGAUGUGACAACAGCAUAAUUAUCUUUGUAAAAGCAGAUUCUUUUAUAAAGCUCUUGAAUUGACACUGCCGA